GUCUUUCAGAACGUCAACGUGAUGGUGUUUGUUGGACUUGGAUUCCUGGCUACCUUCCUCAAGAGGUACAGCUACAGUGGCAUCACAUUCAACCUCUUGCUGGGUGCCAUUGUGAUCCAAUGGGCGGUAUUAACCAAUGGGUGGAUUCUAAAUUUUAAAGAUGGCA